AUGAUAUGCGCCGGCGAUGCGAUGAAGGAGAAGAAAAAACGAGGAUUCCAAUUGGACGGCGACGUAUCUGGAAACCGGUACAUCCCCGGGGCUGCCGCUCUCCGUGUGGAGCAGCGAGACGUGCCCGGUAUCGACUGCGCGCAUCUCGCCAUGGACACCGAGGAGGGCGUGGAGGUGGUGUGGAACGAGGUGCAGUUCUCCGAGCGCAAGAACUUCAAGGCGCAGGAGGACAAGAUCCAGAUGGUGUUCGACAACCUCACCAGGCUCGAGCACCCGAACAUCGUCAAGUUCCACCGGUACUGGACGGACACGCACAACGACAAACCGAGGGUAAUCUUCAUAACGGAAUACAUGUCAUGCGGAUCACUAAAGCAGUUCCUGAAACGAACCAAAAGAAACGUGAAACGGUUACCCCUGCAGGCGUGGAAAAGAUGGUGCACGCAAAUUUUGUCAGCCCUCAGCUACCUCCACGGCUGCGUGCCGCCCAUCGUCCACGGCAACCUCACCUGCGACACGAUCUUCAUCCAGCACAACGGCCUCGUCAAGAUCGGCUCCGUGGCGCCGGACGCCAUCCACCACCACGUCAAGACCUGCCGCGAGAACAUGAGGAACAUGCACCUCAUUGCACCCGAAUACGGAUCAUCGCAAAUGGUGACGCCCGCAAUGGAUAUCUACUCAUUCGGAAUGUGCGCGCUGGAGACCGCAGCUCUUGAGAUUCAGGGCAACGGUGACUCGGGCAGCCACGUAACUGAGGAACACAUCGUAAGGACGGUCGAAUCGUUGGAAGAGCCGAGGCAGAAGGACUUCAUAUACAGGUGUAUAAACAAGGAUCCCGCGAAGAGGCCCACCGCCAGGGAGCUCCUCUUCCAUCCGCUGCUCUUCGAGGUCCACUCGCUGAAGCUGCUGGCAGCGCACACGCUCGUCAACACCACAGCGAACAUCUCGGAGACGAUAACGGACGAGGUGUGCGGCGGGGGAGGGGGCGGGGCGUGGUGCGUGCGCGGCGGCCAGAGGUGCGAGUUCACCGCCAAGGAGCUGCAGCCGCACGCUGAGAAGCUGGAGAAGUUCGUCGAGGACGUCAAGUACGGCAUCUACCCGCUGACGGCGUACUGCGUGCGCGGCGGGCGCGCGGCGUCGCCCAGCUCGCCGGCCGAGAGCGCGCCCGCCUCGCCCGAGCCGCGCGACCUGGAGACGCGGCGCGUCGUCAACAUGAUGUGCUCGCUCAAGGCCACGGCGCGCGACCCGCUCAUGACCAUCCUGCUGCGCAUGGACGACAAGAUGAACCGCCAGCUCACCUGCGCCGUGUCCAGGCAGGACUCGGCGCCCGCGCUGGCCCGCGACCUGGUGCAGCUCGGCUUCAUCCACGAGGCCGACCGCGACAAGCUGUGCCGGCUCAUCGAGGACUCGCUGCGCGGCAGCUUCGGCCAGUGCGGGCUCGCGCACGCGCCCCCGCCGCCCUCGCUGGCGCCGCACCUGCCCAGC